AUGGUGCAGCUGUUUUAUUAUGAGACUCGAGGCAAAUGUUGCCGCAAGGUAUUUAAUUAUGAGGGUUAUCCCACCAAGGUCAUGUUGUUUCCGUACGAGGGUUGGGCUCAACCAGCCCUCGUGUCUUACUGGCUUCUCAAAACCUAUUGGUGGAGUAGAACGCGCUGCAAGAUUGUUGAAGUCUCAGGAGUUAAAAAACGCACUACCAAGGGCAAAAUGGCAGACAAAGGUAGCGGUGCCAUGACAAUUACGGGAAAAUUCAAAGACACUGUAUGUCCUGAUUUUAGGAUGACGUUGACGACGAAUAUAAGCAACGCCGACUUCCAGCUCGGGUACUGCGUCACUGGAACGCUUGAAAGAGGGGACAAGAAAAGGGCAGAUCUUCAACUUACACAUUUUGCUAUGGUAAAGAGGAAAGGUUACUGA